AUGACUCCGAAUUCAAGAAAAGGCCCCAUUAGUGUAGAGGCAAAUUGUUUUGGUCCACGCUCAGUGCUGUUUACAGCCCUAGUCACCUAUCUGUUGUUUUCUUCAGAUAUAGAUGAAUGUGCAACCAAUAAUGGAUCGUGUGAAUAUAAAUGUCAAAAUGAACCUGGUAGUUAUAACUGUUCGUGUCCAGAGGGGUCUGAAUUACAGGAAAACGGUUUGAAUUGUGGACCAAGUGAACCAGGUAAAGUAGUUAUACAUUAUAUAUUAUAUAGGAAUAUCACAUAA